CCGAAUGCCAACCAGAAAGGAUCGUUGCUCCAGCUCGGUCGCCCAUUGUGAAACUCAGCUGAACACUCGUCGUGUGGUGUCGCGCGCGUAUUUCGUCACCAGUCGUGAUAAGGAAAACCGUCGGUUAGUAAGUCAGUUGGUCGAGAUCCCAUCGGGAGUUGAUUUGUCAUUCGGUGCGACUGAAAACUGAACCCGGAAAUAGUGCAGACAAAUUUCGAUUGAAGGGAGAAACUGCGUGUGUUCCGGUUGUCGACUAUUGCAAAUCACAACAAAAAGAAAGCACCAUCCGCACGCUAUACCUUUCGUAACAUGAACUUCGCAGAAGAUCAACGUCAUUUCCCGUCGUCAGCAUCAGUGCCAGGAAAGUGAACAAACACAGGUGGUGUUGUUGGACUUCGAAAAAAAAAUUAAUUAGGGAAAAGAGCGACGACCGGGUUCUAUUUGCAAAUCGUACACAUUUAUUCGAUGAAGGAAGUGCGCUAAAUACGAAAAUUGCGAGAGAAAAAAAGUGAUAACGAAGAAGAUCGCAAGUACAACUUGGUUCCGUGGUGUAAGAGUUCCAGCGGUUCCAGCUAGAGGGGGAUAUCGCAGAAAGAAUUUGAAUUGUGUUCGACUGCCAGUACCGCCAUCAUCAUCAUGUAUCCUUACUAUGAAUCAGACUGGAGUAUUCUGCCGCCGGAGCACAACCGAAGAUACAGUCCUGGCCUCACAAUCAACAACAUAAAACAAGUGAUAAAUGAAACGAUAGAAACUAAUAUCUUAAGAAAGCCUUCACCGACUCGCCUCCGGGAACUGAUCCGACAGAUUCGAGCAGCCCGGACAGCCGCCGAGGAGCGAGCCGUUGUCAACACAGAAUGUGCCUACAUCCGAAGUACCUUCCGCGAAACGGACUGCAUCUGGAAAUGCCGCAACAUGGCCAAAUUGCUCUACAUUCACAUGCUAGGCUACCCGGCCCACUUUGGACAGAUGGAAACCCUGAAGCUGGCGGCUAGCUCAAAGUUCACUGACAAACGGAUAGGCUACCUCGGAGCAAUGUUGCUAUUGGACGAGCGGCAGGACGUUCACGUUCUUCUCACCAACUGUUUAAAAAAUGACCUCAACAGUUCGACGCAGUUCAUCGUGGGGACGGCCCUCUGUACUCUGGCAGCAAUUGCCUCGCCCGAGAUGGCCCGGGAUUUGUCACACGAGAUAGAACGACUGAUAGCAUCCUCCAAUGCAUUUCUUCGCAAGAAAGCAAUCCUGUGUGCCUUUCGGAUGGUCCGCCGAGUGCCUGAACUAAUGGAGGAGUAUAUACCCAAGUGCUCACACUUUUUAAACGAUAAGAAUCACGGAAUCCUUGUAUCGACAAUCACUUUUGUAACGGAGAUGUGCGAACAGAGUCCAGUGGUGCUCAGCUACUUCAAAUCGAUAAUUCCCACACUGGUGCGGACGUUGAAAACACUCAUCGUGAGCGGUUACUCACCAGAACACGUUGUAAACGGGGUGAGUGAUCCUUUUCUACAGGUGAAGAUCCUCCGGCUGUUGAGGAUUUUGGGUCAUGGUGAUCCUGACCAGUCGGAGAUUAUGAACGAUGUGUUGGCGCAAGUGGCGACCAACACGGAGACAAACAAAAAUGCAGGGAACGCGAUCCUCUAUGAAACCGUACUAACGAUCAUGAAUGUUGAGUCCGAGAACAGCCUCCGUGUGCUAGCCGUCAACAUCUUGGGACGAUUUCUGCUCAACAGCGAUAAGAACAUUCGGUAUGUGGGACUGCUGACGCUGGUCCGAACUGUUCAGCGAGACAUGACCGCAGUGCAGCGACAUCGCAUCACGAUCCUCGAGUGCCUUACCGAUUCGGACAGUUCGAUACAGAAAUGCGCCAUGGAACUCUCGUUCACUCUGGUCAACUCGCAGAACAUUGAAACAAUUGUGCGGGAACUGCUCAAAUAUCUGGAAACGGCCGACGCGGAGAUGAAGGGUAUCUGCAGCAGCAGAAUUGUCCUGGCGGCAGAGAUGUAUUCACCCUCCAUCCAUUGGCAUCUGGACGUUUUACUUAAGGUGUUAACCAUUUCUGGUAACAAUAUUCGAGACGACGUGAUAGCGUCCACAAUUCAGCUUAUUUCCAACAGCCCCGCAGAAGAACAAAGUUAUAUAAGCGGAAAGAUGUGGAAAUCCAUCACCAACAUGAAUCAAUUGGAAAAUCGGCAACCGCUAGUUCAAGUUGCCGUGUGGACUCUGGGCGAAUAUGGUGAAGCUGGAAGCUUUGAUGAAAAUGAGCUCAUUGAUCACUACAGACAACUUCUGUGGGCUCCUCAGCUUUCAAUCACGACCAAGCAGUACAUCCUGGUGUCACUGGCGAAAAUAAGCGUCCGCAUGGAGCACUGUACUGCCUAUAUCCAAAACAUCAUCAACGCGUUCCGGGUACAUCUAAACAUCGAUCUGCAACAAAGGGCUGUGGAAUUUAAUCAGCUUUUCACCAGCCAUAGUCAUCUGAGGGCGGCUCUGCUGGAAAAGAUGCCCAUCAUAAAGAUUUCCGCUCUUACAACCUCCGAGUACAAUUCUGAUUUUGCCGGAUCCGCGGAACCCACAUCGGCUUCCUCCCCCAGCGAAAGUUCAACUCCACUCAAGACAGUUUCGAACCAAGACAUCCUACUUGACUUACUGGGAGAUUCUUUCGGAAGCAGUUCAUCCACCAGUAAUACGGGAACUACGUCCAGCCCACUGCAACAGUUCACACAAAACGGACCUUCCGCAAACAAUACGGACAUUUUGGAUCUGCUCGGUCUGGGAAGUGGCGACCAGCCCAGUUCGUUCACGACGUCAGUGAAUCCCUUGACCAGCAGGCUGAGCAGUCCAACGGAGUAUUCAGCUACGACGAUCAUGGUUUACAGCCACGACAACAUCGACAUACGGUUUAUUGUGAAAAAGGAAGGCGGCCACGCGAUCGUUACAGCCAAAACGACGAACAAUUCGCUCAACAUGCUCGAGAAGUUUGUGCUACAGGUCGCCGUCCCGAAAGCCUUCUCGAUCCAAAUGAUGGUGCCAUCGAGUACGGUGAUGCUACCGGGUGAAUCCGUAGUUCAGGAUAUAAAUGUGGUUCGAACCAAUCCUAGCGCUGGCAACUCGCUUCGGAUGAAAGUCCGGUUUUCCUACGAUAUCGGUAACUACUCCGUCAUGGAGCAAGCAGACGUUAACGAAUUUCCAUCGGAUCUUUUCAUUUGAGAAUCAUUGCGGCCCACACAACUGUUGGCUCAUCCAAACGAUCAAAUCUACUAAUCGGAACAUGAUUGCUCAAACUGCAAAAUAGUAUCAUAAGCUAUAAAUCGUUGAUCAUUCCACAGAGGUGGAAAAACUAGGGCACAAUCUAAAAAGAGGAAAUCGAAUGGACUUUUUCGGAACCAAUCAACUCAAAUCUGACUAUCAAACUAGUGCACAUGUUUUGUUUGCUUCAUUCGCGUAGGUUAUUUCAAGUUAGAUUUUAUCAUAGAAAUUUAGAAUGAAAAGUUGAUAGCAUAGCAAAAUUUUACCCCAUUUGAACAGUUAAAAAAAUAAAUGUGAGUUUAGUAAAGUUUUAAUAAAUAAAUUGA